AUGUUCUUCCUCCACAACCUCGAGCGGCGCGUCACGCUUCACCCGUCCUAUUUCGGCAGGAAUAUGCACGAGCUAGUCACCACCAAAUUAGUCAAGGAUGUCGAGGGUACAUGUGUUGGCGACUACUAUAUCAUUGCGAUCAUGGACACGUUUGACGUGUCCGAGGGCCGCAUUCUUCCUGGUAGUGGUCUUGCCGAGUUUACCGUGGGCUAUCGUGCUGUGGUCUGGCGACCAUUUAAGGGCGAAGUGGUUGACGGCAUCACGUAUUCUGUGAACCAGCACGGCUUCUUCGCUCAAGUCGGCCCCCUGCGACUAUUUGUCUCUGCCCACCUGAUGCCCGAUGAAAUGCAAUGGGAUGCUAACGCCACCCCGCCGCAAUUCACUAACAACGCCGAUAUGGUCAUUGAGCCUGGCACUCAUAUCCGUGCUAAAGUCAUCGGCUUGCGAACCGAAGUCGGCCAAAUGUGGGCUAUUGGCAGCAUUAAUGGCGAUUUUCUCGGGUGCCUGCAGGCUUAG